UCUCUCCCGUGAUCAGGGACUUUGCCUAUGUGGCGAGAGACAAGAACACACGUGUGCUGAAAUGCCAUGUCUUCCGCUGUGAUACCCCCGCAGAAGCCAUAGCAACAAGUCUCCACGAAAUCUGCUCCAAGAUCAUGGCUGAGAGGAAGAGUGCCAAGGCCGCUGCUGGCAGCUCAGCCCAGACGGGUUCUGAUGUUCCCCUACAAGAGUUUCCCAUGCCAAAGACUGAGUUGGUGCAGAAGUUUCAUGUGUUGUACUUGGGGAUGACAUCCGUGUCCCGCCCCAUAGGUAUGGACAUCAUCAACGGGGCCAUCGAGAGCCUGCUGUCCUCCACUGGGAAAGAGGACUGGACCCCUGUGAUCCUGAGUGUGGCUGACGCCACCGUCGCCGUCAUCAAGGAGAAGGAAGAAGAGGAGGAAGUGUUGGUGGAGUGUCGUGUGCGUUUCCUGUCCUUCAUGGGCGUGGGGCGAGACAUUCACAGCUUCGCCUUCAUCAUGGAUUCUGGGAACCAGCACUUCCAGUGCCAUGUGUUCUGGUGCGAGCCCAAUGCAGGGAGCGUGUCUGAGGCAGUGCAGGCGGCGUGUGUGCUGCGCUAUCAGAAGUGUCUGGUGGCCCGCCCCCCCUCCCAGAGAGCCGGCUCCUCCUCCUCCACCUCCCCAGUCUCCUCCGACUCCGUCACGCGCCGUGUGACCACAAGCGUGAAGCGUGGCGUCCAGUCUCUUAUAGACACUCUCAAACCCAAGAAACAGCCAUCAGAACUCCCCCAGCAAUGACCGACAGCACAGUCCUCACCCCCAGCAGCCCGCACCCCCAACCUGCGGCUGUCACUCACCCGUCUACACGACGACAACCCCCACUGAAUGAUUGCCAGCCAUGGUAACCAACGAUGUACAUAUAUGUUAGCUCUAAGAGACCGAGGAAAUGUGGAAAGAACAGUCAUCUGCUCAAAGACAAAAAGAAAAAUUAACGAAUCUGUAAAUGAACAGGAAGAGGAGGGCCAAAGCUACAGAGAGAUGCGCAGCCACCUCGUCACCAGUUCAAAAUACCACUGAACUCAGCUACAUGAUCCUGACCAGGCAACUCUACUGUAGCCAUGCCAACUACUGAACUCUCAAACAGUUUGAACCAUGGAAUCCAUUGACCCGAUAUUGACAAACAUCUAAACAUUCUCUUGUCUCUUCUCGUAUUUAGAAUGUUGACAGAAAAAGGCUUCCCCAACAUUGACCUACACAACAGCAGUGAAAGCACAUAGCUACAGUAGCUUUGCUAGUAAAGUAAGCAGCCAUUGGAAAAUAAGCAGGCGGAGUCAACGUAAGGGUAGUGUGCACUGAGGUUUGGAAAUACCUAUGAGAGAAGCAAAAACAAGCAUCCACGUGUAGUACACACUAGCCUGGUCAGAGUGAUUACUACACCCUGGUAGUAGCUGGGUCCAUCAUACACCCACAUUUUCUAUCCAACUCCCUGGCCAUGGAGAAGCAGCUGUUCCAAUAGUGUUUGGCACAAAAUACGUUCUGUAGUAUUUUAGGAAGUGCUGUGUCUUUGGUACGAAAUUGAAACUAUUGUCAUGGGUAGAAGCCAUUAUGACGUGGCAAAAGGCCAUGUUGAGCCCUAUGUAUGACAAACAGGAAACAAACUGAAUCAAUAUACCUGGGUUGGGGAGGGUGGGGGGGCGGUGGGGGUCAUCUGAUUGUACUAGGUAAAGAUUGUACCUACAUGGUGAUGGGAGGAUAGAGAGUUGUUGUGUACAGAUAGAUGGAUUUAGGAUGGGUGUUGCAUGUGUUUAAAUCCUGAAUGGAGUGUGUAUUGUGAUGAAAGAGGGGAUGGGGGUGGGUGUAAAAACACAGACAUAGAUGCGCAGCACAAAAGCAGAAC